UCGGUUAUAGACAUCCCUAGAUUGUGUUCCAGGCGCGGUUUGUUUCCGAAAGUCUCAAUAACACGAGUGUGUACAUGUGGUCUAACCUGAAUGAAAGUUGUGAAAACAAUUUGUUAAUUUGUAAGGAGUUACAAAGCGAAUAUGAAUACUUUGGAAAAUGUGAUUCAGGUAGUCGGAAGCAACACGAAGAAAGCUGAAAAUUAUUUAAGUGUACAAAACAACGUAGCUCUACAAUUUCAACAAUCUACAAAACUUCUGUACGACUUCACAAAAAAUGAGGCCAACCGUAAAACAGCAGCUCUUCCUGAGCUCGUUAUUCAGGACUUCGAUGAUGAACAAAUUUGGCAACAAUUGGAAAUCCAAAACGACGCAGAGUUGGCCCAUUUUCUCACUGGAGUCUCUCGAGUCCUAGCAGGGGCCAAUCAAUUGACAUUGCCUGUCAGUUUAUCCAAGCCGGAAGAAACAUCGACUACAGAAAAUAUACAUUCAGAUGAGGAUGCUGAAGAUGAAGAGGAAGCGGAAGAAAGACUUGAACAAAACGGAUCGGACAGCGAUGAUAUGGAUUUGGAUAUCGACGUGGACGGUAACUUGAACAAACCCAAGACCGUCAGAAAGGUGUCGAAGAAACCAUCGAUUGUUGACGAUAAAUUCUUUAAGCUAGAAGAGCUGGAUGAAUACCUGACGAAAGAGGAGAAAAAAAUAUCCAAAGUCAAUCCGAAUUCCGAUGAAUCUGAUGAAUGUGAGGAUGAACCUGUGGAUUUAUUCAACGAUGAUUCAGAAAUGGAAGAUGAUGACGACGAUGAGGCCAAAAUGGUGAAGUAUGCAGGUUUUUUCGACAGUCCAGAGAGCGAUAAUGAGCAUGAACCCACUCAUGAUGACACUAACGAAUCACUUGGUCAUUCAGAUCUCGAAAAUGAGCAGAAUGAUGAGGAUCAAGCGCCUCUGAAACGUAAAGCCCUUGAAAAGGGAGACAAAUCCGGGGAGAAAAGGGUGAAGUUUAAUUUAUCGAAUGACUCUGAUGAGUCAGAUAGUGUUGAACCGGCAAAGGGAGAUGAUGAAGGGCCAACAUCAACGUUGGAGGCGCGACAGGAGAGAUUGCAGAAACGUAUAAAGGAAUUAGAAGAUCAGGCGCUGACGGAAAAACCUUGGCAAUUAAGGGGAGAAAUUACUGGACCGAAUCGUCCUCAAAAUUCCCUGUUAGAGGAGUUCGUUGAAUUUGACAUUACCGCUCGUCCAGCUCCGGUCAUAACUGAGCAGACGUCACUGAAGUUGGAGGACAUAAUCAAGCAGAGAAUUAAAGAUAAGGCUUGGGACGAUGUUGAGAAGAAAUUCAAACCCGUGGAAACGCCGUUGGAAUAUAAGAAAAAAUUAGUUAUGGAUCAGGAGAAGAGUCAGAAAAGUUUAGCUCAGAUUUACGAGGAUGCAUAUUUGAAGCAGAAAGAGGCGGCCAGUGGCAAGGUCGAAGAGAAGGAGGAAGAGGAGCCUAAAGAGCAUAAGGAAAUCAGGCAGUUAAUGCAUUCAUUGUUUACAAAACUCGAUGCUUUGUCAAACUUUCAUUAUACACCGAAAGCAGCUCAGCCGGAAAUUAAGAUCAUUAGUAAUAUUCCAGCAAUUAAUAUGGAGGAGGUGGCACCAGUUGCAAUGAGCGAUGCUGCGUUGUUGGCUCCUGAGGAAGUUAAAGACAACGCACGAGGCGACAUAAUUGGAAAAUCAGAGAGAAGCAAAACGGAUAUGAAGAGAGCAAGAAGAAAGAAGAAGAUAGCUCAGCACGAGAAGCAAAAGGCUAUUGAGAAGAAAAAAUCAACAUUGGGGGAUCUUCUUGAGACGAAGAAAAAUAAAUUGUUCAAGGGUAAAAAAUCGUCAAAGAUUGCCCAGGACUCCGCUCUGAAGAAAUUAACGAAGGACAGGAAUAUUUCAAUGAUCAACGAAGCUUCUCAAAGAGUUCCAAAAUCUUCUACAGCAUUCUUCACGCAAUUGCAAGAUGAAGUUUCGAGUCAUAUCAAAUCGAAAACUAGUAAACCAACGAAGAAGAAAGAAAAAACUACACAUUCUGCUAUUAAGCUAAAAUUAUAAAUUUUUAUACAUGAAUGAGAAUUAAAAAUUAUUAAAGAAA